CUUCUCUUCUCCCCUUCUCCCCUUCUACCGUCUUUCUUCACCCUACAUCCCAGUAAUGAGCGCUCACGAUAACGAGGAACUUAUCGACUACGAGGAUGAGCAUGACGUUGUCCCCAAUGGCGGUGUUUCUGCUUCCAACGGGGCCGUCGCAGGAGGUGUAGCCGACGGCGAGGAAAAGGACAAGAAAAACUUCUCUGGCAUCCAUGCCACAGGUUUUAGGGAUUUUCUGUUGAAACCUGAGCUUCUGCGUGCCAUUAGUGACCUUGGUUUUGAGCACCCUUCGGAAGUUCAACAGGAAUGUAUUCCCCAAGCCGUUUUGGGCAUGGAUGUCCUUUGCCAAGCCAAGUCUGGUCACGGCAAGACGGCUGUGUUCGUCCUUGCGACGCUUCAGCAGCUUGAGCCAGUGAAUGGCGAGGUCUCUGUGCUUGUGCUCUGCCACACUCGAGAACUGGCCUUCCAGAUCAAGAACGAAUACUCGCGAUUCGCCAAGUACAUGCCUGAUGUACGCGUCAGCACCUUCUACGGCGGCACCCCUGUCACCAAGGACGCGGAAACGCUCCGUGACAAGUCGAAAUGUCCUCACAUCGUCGUCGCCACGCCCGGUCGGCUCAAUGCCCUCGUUAGGGACAAGGUCCUUGAUGCCAAAAACGUCAAGCACUUCGUACUGGACGAGUGCGACAAAAUGCUCGAACAGCUCGACAUGCGCCGUGACGUGCAGGAGAUUUUCCGCUCGACCCCUCACCAUAAACAAGUCAUGAUGUUCAGUGCCACCCUCGCGAAGGAAAUCAGGGUUACUUGCAAGAAAUUCAUGGCUAACCCUCUGGAAAUCUUCGUCGAUGAUGAGACGAAGCUCACUCUCCAUGGUCUACAGCAACAUUAUGUCAAAUUGGACGAGAGCGCCAAGAACCGGAAAUUAAACGAACUUCUUGAUACUCUGGAAUUCAACCAGGUCGUUAUCUUCGUCAAGUCGGUUGCUCGUGCCAUUGAGCUUGACAAACUGCUCGUAUCAUGCAACUUCCCUAGUAUCAGCAUUCACUCUGGUUUGCAGCAGGAAGAACGCAUUAACCGAUAUUCCGCGUUCAAGGCAUUUGAAAAGCGUAUCCUGGUUGCGACCGACAUUUUCGGCCGUGGAAUUGACGUUGAACGAGUGAACAUUGUCAUCAACUACGACUCGCCUCCGGACGCCGAUAGUUACCUGCAUCGCGUGGGCCGUGCUGGACGGUUCGGUACGAAAGGUCUGGCGAUCACGUUUGUGUCGUCGGAGAGCGACCAGCAAGUCAUGGCUGCGAUUCAAUCAAGAUUCGAGGUCGCUGUGCCAGAGUUGCCUGACCACAUUGACCCGGCCAGUUACAUGACGUCUUGAGCUCGAUCCACACUGAGCGCCUUCACAUAUUGUCUUCGGUCUCUUCCUUUUUAGUGCAUUCCUUAAAUACAAUCAUCCUUUCUGUCGUCUAACUGAAUUUGAAUGCAACUGCUCAGUGUAACGC